CACUCCCCAGUCAUAAGUGAAUGACGGCAGGUCGCUAUGGAAACUGCGUUACGCUCCGGGCGGCCGGAGGAGAAAACAAGAGGCGCGAGGACUCGUUUCAUUCUUCAUUUCAGCACCACGCUGCUCCUGGACAGCGCCCGAAUGAACCCGAGCGCAGAUUCAGGCGUCGCAUGUCUUCUUGUAAGAGACGGAGCACCGAGGACAAACAGACCCACGGACACGACACGAGAAACUCCACGGACCUGUAGCUCGGUGGAUGCACGAGGCGUGAUUCGGCAGAAGAGCCAGGAGCCGGUCGCUCCCUUCAAAUGCCACAGCAACAGGGCAGCAGUAUGUCUGAGAAGAAGUCCAGUCAGCGGUUUCACAGCCUGAACGCCGAGCAGGUGGAGGUUCUGCAUCAGGUUCUUUCAGAAGUGGUUCCCAUUCACGGUCGCGGGAACUUUCCCACGUUGGAGCUGCGCCCUCGAGACAUCAUCAUAGCAGUUCGGGCCAGGCUGCAGAAGCAGGGCAUCACGGUGAGAGAUGUCCGUCUAAACGGCUCUACCGCCAGCCACGUCCUUGUCCGAGAUAACGGAACCAGCUACAAGGACUUGGACAUCAUCUUUGGAGUGGAGCUGCCCAGUCAGGAGGAGUUCCAGGUGAUCAAAGAAUCAGUGCUGGGCUGCCUGCUGGAAUGCCUGCCCGCUGGAGUCAACAGGGAGCGGAUCAGCAGCGCCACAAUGAAGGAGGCCUAUGUCCAGAAAAUGGUCAAAGUCUUCAAUGAACACGACCGCUGGAGCCUCAUCUCCCUGUCCAACAAUAGCGGCAAAAACCUGGAGCUCAAAUUUGUGAGUGCGCUCAGGCGGCAGUUUGAGUUCAGCGUUGACUCCUUUCAGAUCAUUCUGGACCGUCUCCUAGAGUCGUACAUGCAGCAGGACUCACAGCACAAAAUGAAUGCUGUUGGUGUGAAGGACCAACAUGCAGAGAGUCAGAAUAAAUGCUCCUCUUCUUUGCAGAAUCAGACCUCUGCUCCAGAAACAGAGAAGCCCACAGACUUAUCCAGUGAAGAAGGGGCUCAGAUCAGUCGGACACAACAGAAAGACGCAGUGCAUGUAAACGAGUCUCAGACAGAAGUCUCACAAGAAAGUGAGAAUUCAAAUCAGACAAAACAAUCCAUCCUGGAAAAGGACAACAAAGAGAAAACACCUGCGGAGUUGACAGAAGUGUCAGAGCACAAAGGAACCUCGAGUGAGACAGACCAGACUUCUCUAAACCUUUUGUCAGAAAAGGAACAAACCUCCGAGGACACUGAACCACCAGCUCAGACUGAUCUCAGACAUGAGCCAGAGCUCUUGGACGACGCUAAAUACUCAGAGAAGGUAGAACAGUCAGAGCAGACAAAGCCCCAUGAUGGCCGACAACCAGCACAUUUGAGUUAUGAGGAACUCUCUGUCCAGAAAGAACUGUCCAACCACACAAACCCCCCUGAUGAACAGCAAGAACUCACAGAGCAGAUGGGACCGCCUGAGACGCCAGAAACCUCAAAUAAAACCCAGGCAGAGUGUCUAAACCUGACAGACGAAUCUCACAGCACAGAGCAAUCUGAUAAAGCAAAUCUAUCUGAGGGUUUCAGAGAGGAUCAGAGAAGCAAUGAGGAAGAUAAAAUUCAACAUGUGUCUGCUCCAGACAGUAGCACAUCUUCACAUGCAAAGAUAGAGACAGAGUUAGAGGAUGAAGGAGAAGCAGAAACAGAGCCCCGGGAUGAGAUAGAGGCAGAGAGGAAAAAUGACACAGAGAGAAGCGAAGAGACCUUAGCAUUAGAAGCAAAACAUGCAGGAGACACACAGGGUAUUGAUUGUUCCUGCUCCACCUCUUCCACUCUCACACUUUGCAACACACAGCCUGCUGGCACACAGGAUACACUGGAGACUCACAGCACACAACACACGGAUAACUCAGAAAAAAACCCAAACAAACUUGAUGCUGUCAGCCCUCCAGAUACUCAGGAUAUUUUACCUGCACCACCCAGCCUUGUUUCUGACAAAAAGACCUCCUCUUCUCCCCCUGCAAAGGCCUCAGAGAGACUAUCUCACAUGGUGGUGCUGAAACAUUCAUCGCCCAAACCCCCGCGGAGGAUGUGUAGAAAGGUUGCACCAAAUCCUUACCCCAGCCCACUCCCUGAAAGCGAACUUGUCAUUUCACCCUGUUUAGAUCCAAACCCCUGCCCCGGCCCAGAAUCUGAGACAGCCUUUAACCCUACAACUACCCCAACAACCAGUAAAACAAAUUCUGGGCCUGAACCCAAUCCUUCCUGUGACCAAUCAUCAAACCUUGAUCUUACCUCAGCUCCAGAUCCAUCCCCUGAUUUAACCUCCACCUCUGCAGCUGAUCCCACGUCUGCUCUACCUCAAGAGCCAUCGUCCUCUCAGCUAAUUACACAGAGUUCAUGUGAAACCAGUAUUCAGAGUCCAGAAGAGACACCGACCACACAUGAUGCUUUUGAUGAGCAAAGCCAGCCCUCCCCUGUAGAAACUGCCUCUGCACCCAAACAAUCAGAGCCUCUCGACUCAGUGGAUACGUCCAGUUCCAACACCCAAGAACAUACCUCAGAAGCUAAGCUCAGUGAUGAAAACACAACAGAACAGACCAAAAAGGUGGACUCGAAUCAGCCCAACGUCAGUCCACAAGAGACCACACUCAGCUCGCCCUCCUCCUCCCACUGUGUCACCCCUCCUGUUACCUGUCUGACCCCUCCUGUUCUCAGUCUCUCCCCUCCUUGCGUCAUGUCGUCACCCCCUAGCCUCAGCCCUCCCCCAUGUCUGACCCCUCCAUCUCACUGCCACUCGUCUCCGAUGCUCAGCACCAUCAGCCCCACCACCAGCUUCAGCUCUCCACCCUUAAGUUUCAGCCCUACGUCAUCCUGCCUGAGCUCACCUUACCUCACGCCUCCCAUGCUAAGCCUAAGCCCUCCUCCGCUCUGUCCCACCCCACCAUCCCCCUGCCUCAGCCCUCCCCUCCUAUGCCUCACUCCGCCAGUGGAGUCGGAGGACCUUGUACCUCAGGUAUCUUCAGACUUGGAGCCUUUGAUACUGAACGCAGACAGCGAUGAACAGAUAAAAGAGUCCUCCUCUCAGCCAGGAGUUCCUCUCUUACAGUUGGAGGAUGAAAAGGAGCGCGAUUAUAUCUCAUCGUUGCCUCAGGUUACUGAGCCCGUCUCUUUUCCAAUCGCAAUCCCAAGCUCCACCUCACAUGCGCUGCCUCACACCCAGUCUGAAGACUCAGGGGAAUCUGCCCCACCAAAAGCUGUUGAGGCAUCCAGCUCCCUGCCUGAGAACAAAGAGGCCCCAGAGGUAACCACAGACAUGCCUGAACAGUGUGACACUCUGGCAUCUGACUCAGUCCCUGCUGUCGAGGUCCUGGCAGAGAGCAUGUAUGGUGACUUUGAGGCAGCCAUGGACCACCUGCGCUACCGCCUGAUUGCUACCAGGAACCCUGAGGAGAUCCGAGGUGGUGGUUUGUUGAAAUACAGCAACCUGUUGGUCAGAGACUACCGACCAGCCAGCGAGACUCAGAUAAAGACUCUAGAGCGCUACAUGUGUUCACGCUUUUUCAUCGAUUUCCCCGACGUGCAGGAGCAGCAGAGAAAGAUCCUGUCCUACUUGAAGAACCACUUCAUCGGUGAGGAGAGGAGCAAGUACCAGUACCUGAUGACGCUGCGUCGCGUUGUUGACGACAGCACGGUCUGUCUGAUGGGACACGAGAGGCGUCAGACACUGAACAUGAUCACAGUGCUGGCGCUGAAGGUUCUUGGAGAGCAGAACAUUAUACCCAACACAGACCAUGUGACGUGCUUCUACCAGCCUGCCCCCUACCUUGCCGAGCACAGUGCCCCCUAUCUAGCAGAACCCAGCUACUGCAGCUACUACAUACCCCAAGGAGGGUCGACUCUGCUAUACCAACCAUAUCCGUUACACCUGCACCCGCAGACUGGACUAGUCUAACACAUGCAUACAUGUAUUUACACAAAUCACACAAUUGAGCAAGGAGAUGGUGCUUGCCAUGAAGAAAGAACUGGAGAAUGGAAAUCUAAUCCAGGGAUAAACUGUUUGGUCUAUAAUAGACCUAUGGGGGUGGGAUUGAGUGGGUUUUUACAGUAAACUCCCCGACUACUCUGUAAGGUUCUAACAUGAUUAUAUGUAAUUAUCUAGGCUUUGUGGGAAAAUAAUAAUUCUUCCGAUAUUGUUAAAAUUCCAGAUAAUGCUGUAUGCACUGCAUGAGUCAUAGGCCUUUGGUCUCCCUGGGUAACCAACAGUGCUGUUGACAUUCACACACAUGCACACACACACACACACACAAACACACACACACACACGCAAACACACUUCCAGGUUCUUGAAUUCUUGUACACUCUUUUCAUGUUCUUACUGUGUUGUUCUUAAUGGGUUUGUUCAGAAUGUGGACCUUGCCUGUGGUUGAUAUUGUGCAUGGAUAAAUUAGGACUGUUCUCUCACUGCCAAAUACUGUGUGACUACUAUGCUUCUUAAACAGUUUAAUGUAACUUUGUUAUUCCUUUACCGACAGGGGUGUAUUUCUGAAAAAAAAUACAGAGGGACAAGUCUACCAGUGUGUACAGUAUUUUCAGCAAAACACACACAAGCAUGGACAGCACACACACGGAUAUACACACCAACAUAUACAUACAUGCAAGCAAACAUGUAAUACUGUAUACACACAAAGUUAGACAAUGCAUGAGUAGCUAAAUAGAUCACAUCCUACAGUCAAAUCAAAGGCUUUUAAUUUAUGAAAAUUGAUCUAUUUUUGCAAGACUUUCCAAGAUAAUACUCAGUGGUAAACAGACUGGUUAGUUACUACAGAAAAAUGCCGACAACAUUGCCUUUGGAAUAGACUGUACAGCGUAUUGAUUACAGUAUAUUGUGUGCGAAUACAUUGCAUUGUUUUCAGGUAAAAUUGUGUUAAAUUGUACUGCUUGAUUCCUUUCCCUUUGUGGAGUCUUUUCUGUAAUCAUGUGAAGUAUUGUAUCAUCUUGUGUUAAUUUAUUUAAUGCUAAAAGUUUACUCUAUGGAGGUGGUCAGGUUAUAACCAUCUUUGGGUCAUCUCUAAACAUGGCGGAUGUAGAUCUGCCUGAACCGAAAGGAAAUACAUUUAAACCCAUACGACUCCUUUCAGCAUGAAUCCUCGGAUUCACACCAGAAUUAAACAAGAUCCACCUCUUAAAUCUAAGUUUUAAGCCGUGCAACAGCAACUCUGACCAAAGAUGGUUUGGUAGGGAAAUCAAGUGCCUAAAUGUGAGACAUCAUUGGCAUGUCUUUAUCUCACUGCACUGGGGGUGUUAAUGGGGUGGGCCUGGGGCUGGGUUGGGUGUGUGUUCAGCUGUUGACCCCUGUUAUUGCUGCCCAUUUUGAUGUCUUCUUUAAUGUAGUCCUUUGUUGUAGUUUAUUCAUGUACAUUUUGAUAUAAUAAAGGGGAAACUCAACAAACCAUUA